CCAGAGCAGAGGUUUGGCCAAUCAGAGAACUUGGCGCCAGAUUCUGAGCGCGCGCUGCAACUAGUAGCUUGAGUUUGGCGCGCUGGGCUCAGUCUGCAGCCGGCGCUCUGUGUGGACUCUCGUGUCUCCUUCUUUACACCAUGCCAAGCACACGGUCAAAGUCUCAAAGCUCCAUUCAGUUCCCCAAAACAAAAACGGCCAAAAAUCAAUCCAAAGCCGGACUGCGAGUUCGUUCCAAAUCGGAGAUUAUAGCUGAGGUGCCACCUGUGUCCAAGGAGUUGCCACUUAGCCCACGGAAGAGGCUUGGUGACGAUAAUCAGUGUAACAUCCCAGAGUCUCUACGAUGUUCCCCACCUAAACAAAAGUGUAAUGUCAAUAGUCCACUUAGUCCAGCCAAAGGGAGGCGUCUUAUUUUUGAUGAGAACCAAGCUGCUGCUACUCCUUUGUCCCCUGUCAAGAAGCGAGAAGAUUCUAUUGUGUUAUCCCCUCAGAAAAGAGGUCAAGAAACCCCAACCAGCUCAUCCCACCGUGGGCCGCAUGAAAGGAAGAGUGUGGGUACCCGUCUGUUCAAACAAGAAGCCUCAUGUUAUCAGCAGGUCAAGUGUGCCCUUAACACUGCUGUGCCUGAACGUCUCCUGGCACGGGAGAAGGAGACAUCGACCAUACUUUCCUUCUUGAAGGCCCAUGUGUCUUCGCAGAAGCCCGGCAGUCUCUACAUCUCUGGUGCUCCAGGAACUGGCAAAACUGCCUGCUUGAGCAAGCUGCUGCAGGAGAGCAAGGAAGUUCUUGGCAACGGCAAGACUGUUUAUAUCAAUUGCAUGUCCUUACGCAGCUCCCAGGCUAUCUACCCUGCCAUUGCUGAAGAGAUCUCAGGGAGUGGAAAGUCUUCUCUUCCUGGGAAAGAUGUGCUCAGGCAACUAGAAAAGCUGGUCACUUCCAAAGGUCCAAUGAUCCUUCUAGUGUUGGAUGAGAUGGAUCAGCUGGACAGCAAAGGACAUGAUGUAUUAUACACAGUGUUUGAGUGGCCAUGGCUGACUAACUCUAGAGUUGUGCUUAUUGGGAUUGCAAAUGCCUUGGACUUGACUGACCGAAUCUUGCCCAGACUUCAGGCCCGGCCCAAGUGCAAGCCACAAUUACUGAAUUUCUCUCCUUAUACCAAAGACCAGAUAGCCACAAUCCUACAAGACAGACUUGCACAGGGCUCUGCACAGCCAGUUCUGGAUAAUGCUGCCAUUCAGUUUUGUGCCAGGAAAGUGUCUUCGGUUUCUGGAGAUGCUCGGAAAGCUUUGGACAUCUGCAGGCGAGCUGUAGAAAUGGUGGAGUCAGAUGUCAGGAGCCAGACUGUCCUGAAGCCAAGAUCUGAAUGUGCUUCACCAGCUAAAGAAGCAGUGUCUACACCAGUGCCCAAAAAAGUUAGCUUGCCACACAUUUCCCGGGUUAUCUCUGAUGUGUAUGGUGACAAAAUGUCCGCAGGCAGUGGAGAAGAUGAGACCUUUCCUCUGCAGCAGAAACUUGUAGUGUGUUCCCUUCUGCUGCUCACACAACAUAGCAAAAUCAAGGAGGUCACCAUGGGAAAGCUUUAUGAGACUUACAGUAAGGUAUGCCGAAAACAGCAGAUGGCGAUGGUUGGCCAGUCAGAAUGUCUGUCCCUGUGCCAGCUACUGGAGACUAGAGGGAUUUUGGGUCUCAAAAAAGCAAAGGAAGCCCGUCUCUCAAAGGUGUCUUUAAAGAUAGAGGAACGUGACAUAGAGCAUGCAUUCAAGGACAAGGUUUUAAUGGGGAAAGUCUUACAUGCCGGGAUUUAAAUCCUGUUUUAUGUUUUAAAAUAUUUAAUGUAAUUUGUGUGAAUCUUCUUAAAGGCAAUUUUAGUUUAAUUGAAUAUUUAUUGUACAGUUGUAAGAACAAUGCAACAUUAUACUUUUAUGUGUAACAAAUAACAAUGUUAACAAUCUCAUGUAUUAGCUGCUAAAGCAAUACUGCAAAAUUGAUUGUUUUUUACUGUAUACAUGUCACAUGUUAGUCUGCUCUGAAUUCAUUAUCACAGUGACACUUAGAUGUUGCAUAGUAUUAAUAAAACCAACAAAAGAAACAUUACCUGUUCAUACCCUUUGCCUGGCUUUUCUGGGAGUACGAAAUUGAUGAUCUAUCUUCAACACUCCCUGCCAAUCGGUUGUUUGAAGAGGCUCCAGUGACUACUGUGGCUGCCACAGCUUAACAAGCACUGUGUAUUGGAUAGUGCCUGUGCUUGGUAUUGCAGCUCAGGCCAUUCAGUUGCAUAGGAAUGAGCUGCACGUAGGACAUGUGACCAAUGAACUUGACAUCACUGGCCUAGGAAGAGGUUGUGGCACUCAUUGGAGGGCCUGUGGACUUUUCAAACAGCAAAUUGGCGGAGCUGGUGGCAUAUGGACCCCAACCAAACAGUUUCUGAUGAUGUAACUCCCAGAAAAUCCAUUUGUAACUGAGUGUGGUUGAGCUGUAAUACCAGGCAUGACACAUGGACAGGAGUGAUGUUUCUGCAAUUAUUUUUUUUUUUAUUUCAACCCUUUUAUGACACAUUGAUCUAAAUUGUUUUUAGACUUGUACUUACUGUUGUAAUUAGUACAUAAAUGCUGUUGGUUUGCUGCAUCAUGUGGCAGAUGUUAAUGGGUGUUUUAGUAUCUGUGAGGUACGUCCUGGAUUUACAGAUGCAGAGUCUGCAUUUAUUUAAGUGUAUUUAUACCUGCCAUUUUUUUAAUAAACUUGAAAGAUUUGUC